CAUAGCACUGCACAGUCUCCAUCUGAUAUUCUUGAUCCUCUAUCAGCAAACCUAUCCGGCGCAUCCGUUUGGCAAGAACUGGUGUUGGAGCAGCAGAAUAUUGUAGUUUUAUAACUUCGUGUGUUUUUACGUUUCGAAACGUGUUAGAUUUAUUAGUUGUACCUAGAUAAUUGCAUUGCGAUUGUUUCUGUGGUUUUAAAUUGUGAGAUAAAAAGAUAGAGAACAAAAUGGUGAAAGUUUUAAGUACCAGCCUCAAUAAUAUGUUUCGUAAUCCCGAACAAUUUCCCGAUAGUUCGCAUUUCCUGAUGAAAGCAGAUGAUCCUCCGCUGGAAGAACUGGACCCGGCCAUCUUGAGCUGCGGACUUCCGGCUAUCAUUUUGUCUGACGUUCAGCCAAUGUAUGCACCACCGAUCCGCUACACGAUCGAUCAGCUGCUGUCCCUUAGAAAAUCAGCACUAUGCUCCCGGCGCCCUCUCGCAGCAGACGAUCCAAAGGUUGCUUCAUUUUCCAUUUGGAGAAACCCCAGCCAACCGAACCGUCGGGGCAAACCUCUUGCUGGAAAUUCUCGAAAGGAUGACAAGGAUAAAGGUACAUGCGAUAGCAUUGGCAAGGGUCAAACUCAGGAACGAGACGACAAGCACAAGCACCCUGUUAGACACGAGAAUGGAUUCAUUGGUCCAAGAUUCAGACAAAACUACGAAUUUAGCAACCGCAACCACCACGUAAUUGUGAGAAGCUACCGUGGCGAAGGCGACAAUUAUCAAAUGCAAAACAAUAUGGUCGAGAAAGAACCGGAAUGGGUAUCCGCUGGUCCUACUUCCCGCUUGGACACUAUAGAACUGCGCGGCUUUGACGAUGAUCUAUCCAACCAUGAUGGCUUAUCGGUUUCUCAGUCCUCUUGGGGAAAAGCUAACAGCGGUGAUGCAAAGAAUUCCAGCAAACAUUCUUCGGGAAAGCACAUCUCAUUCUACGAUGAUCUUCAUCACUACGAACAUGUUGUCCAUGCGAAACGAAACGACAUAUUUCUCAAACCGCACGAUUCAUCCGGCCGCGAAAAUGACGUUGAAAGUGUGACUACAUCCAACACAGGUUCGCCACCGCCUGCUCGAAGCACCCCAACGAAGGACAUUACCGAUUGCAAUAAUUUGGCUGAGGAUACUCAAAAGCACAACGGUGUCAACGUGAACAACUUUGAAAAGUUUAUGAAAUUUGAUUCGCUGCUGGGUUCUGACUCAGCCACUAGAACCAGUGUUCAGUCAGGAUCCCGGUCUAGUAAAUGGUUCCGGCAUGGUAACAACCAAUCGACUGAUUCAAACCAUGACAGACGCCAGCAUUUUUUUAAUAUGACUCAAGACAACUUUGCCGGCAACGGCAAUUACAAUCGUUAUCCGUUCGACCGUAGUUUUUCACAACAAUCUCGUUUCUCAUCAUCAUCAUCAUCGUCGUAUAACAACAGCCAAGUCGAUUCACAGAACAACCAUCCACAAACCGACCCCAAUUCCGCUUAUAGACGGGUGAUGGACAUGAUUGCCCAAAGUCGUGUCACCAACAAUCAGACCGCUCAAGAGCAGUACAUGGUACAGAUGCUCAACAAGACUCAACAGAGCGAAAUCCUACGUCGCAUGCUGAUUAAGAACACUGUCGACAACGGAUCUGACGGUAACCAACAGCAACAGCAGCAUCAAGCUGCACAGCCACCGCGUAUUCCAACCCAACUGGAGCUUCAAUUACACACCCAAUCGAUCAUGCAGAAUGCUCUGCUCCGUAAAAAGUUACAAGAUCAGCGUAGAAUGCUUCUCGAGCAAAGCAGUCAUUUGUCUGCCAUGGCCACUGCUCCUAACAUAGUGGAACCUAACGCUGAGGUGCAGCAAUUUGUCAAAUCAGUUUCUCCAAACUUCCAACGGAGCUUAUCGGUCCUGAACCAAACGGCCACUGCUGGUGCUGGCCAUUAUCGCUCAUUCAACCAAUCGUUCCCGGGUGCCAACUCUGCAGUCAAUAACCCACUGUUCAUUGGUGGAUCAAAUCAGCUGGACCUUUCGGCGUCUCUCCGACAGAUGUUGCUUUCACAGCAGCAACAAGGACCGCGCUCGCUUGGCAAUCGUCGCCGAUCCGGGAAGAAAUCAGUUACUUGGAAAAAUCCCGUCUAAAUACUUUACGGUCCAACGCAUUGGAUUGGUCAGAUUGAGGAAAAUGUGAGUUGUAAUUCACUUACUACAAAAAAAUCAUUUGUUUUGAUGCAGAGGUCAUCGGUUGGAAUAUUAGUAUUUCGGGUUUUUUUUACCAUUCAAUUUUUCGUGCCUUUCACUAGGUAUACGUGUUUCCGUUUUUACUUUUCAUUAUUCAAAGUGUCUUGUUCUUUCUUUUUUUUUGUAUUUAUACGAACGGAAUUAUUCGACUUCAGAGUUGUCAGAGUAGUCCAGCACAGCGUUUCCUAUUUUGUUCUGUGCAGAUUAUCUUCUUACAUAUUUACUAACCUAGUUUUAAGACGAUUGUUUGUAGAUCGCAAGAACCAAUAGUUGUUCUACCUAUACAUAUAUAUAUAUAUCCUUUUCUCUCAUUUUGUUUGCUCACAAAUUUUGUCAACUGAUUGUAGGUAAAAUCCAAGAAAAAGAAACAUACAUUAGCACAUAGUUUUACACAAACUGAAUUAGCUAUCGUGGAUUGGUAUUUUGAAUCUUAGACUAUAAAAAUCAUUGAAUUGUGCAAAUUUUAUUCUGUUU